CUCAAUGCGGAAGUACAGGCGCGAGCUUGUCACCCUGUCGCGAGCGAAGCACGCGGAGCUCGAGGGGCGCAAAGGGGUAAAUGCGAUCUUGUGACAGCGGCUGCUUCAAAUAAGGGCGAAUGGCGUCUUAGUUACAAACGCAGAUAUGGAUGAAAUAAGUCAAUCUCCUGAUUAUAUCUGGUUCCGAAGCACAGUUCCGCUCAAACGAAUUGUUGUGGAUGACGAUGACAGUAAGGUAUGGUCGCUGUACGACGCUGGUCCCAAGAACAUUCGCUGCCCCGUCGUCUUACUUCCGCCCGUCAGCGGAACGGCCGAUAUCUUCUUCCAGCAGGUUCUGGCCCUGACAGGCUGGGGCUGCAGAGUAAUCGCGCUCCAGUAUCCAAUUUACUGGGAUCUACUAGAAUUUUGUGAUGGAUUCAGGAAGCUUCUCGAUCAUUUACAGUUGGACAAGAUACAUCUGUUUGGAGCGUCCCUAGGUGGUUUCCUGGCUCAGAAAUUUGCAGAAUAUACUCACAAAUCCCCCCGCGUUCACUCCCUCAUCCUCUGCAACUCCUUCAGUGAUACUUCCAUCUUUAAUCAGACUUGGAUGGCAAACAGUUUUUGGUUGAUGCCGGCCUUCAUGUUGAAGAAGAUUGUCCUUGGGAACUUUGGGAGUGGACCUGUAGAUCCGGAAAUCGCUGAUGCCAUAGACUUUAUGGUAGAUCGGCUGGAGGGCCUGAAACAGAGUGAACUGGCCUCACGACUGACCCUGAAUUGCCAGAAUUCCUACGUGGAGCCCCAUAAACUGAGGGACGUCACGGUGACCAUAAUAGACGUCUUCGAUCAGAGCGCGCUCUCCCAGGAAGCUAAGGAGGAGAUGUACAAGCUGUAUCCGGAUGCGAAACGAGCUCACCUCAAAACGGGCGGAAACUUCCCUUACCUUUCACGCAGUGCGGAGGUCAAUCUGCACAUCCAGAUUCACAUGCGGCAGUUCCACGAGACGAGGUACGCAGCUCUCGACCAGGCCUUGGUGAGCGCAGACGAGGUGCAACCACAAGCCCCCCACUGUAACAGGACCGGCCAGUGAAAAGAGGACGGGCGACACUGCUUCUCCAUUCCGUGGCUGGGACUGGCUCACUGCGCUGUCAGGAAAGCUACUACGGUCUGAAUGCAGUUCAUAGUGGCCCCCACCGGUCUGUAAACUCAGAGUCGUCAGGGAGGUGUUCCACAAAGCAAGAUGUCUCAGUUAGCUGGGUUACCUUAAGCUAGAAAUCAUGAUCAUCCAAUAGGAAUGCUUCUUACCUGAACUCUUAUUGGGCAGUCGUGCCUUCAUGAAGUUAACCCAGCUAACUGAGAAAUCCGGCAUCGUGGACCACCCACCUGGCCUGGUCUUAGAAUCCUUUUUACUUCAAGAUACUGUUCGUGACCAUUCAAUCGCAAAAUGACAUGUGAAAGGGCAUACUGCUGCCUUGCCGGAAUCUAUUUUUGUAAGCACCGCUACUGUAUAUAACCGUAAAUUGCCUAAAAGCCUUUGUUUUAAGAGACUUUUCUAUUUUUUCUAUGUCAAUUCUUUAAAGACUCUUUUGACUUGGUUAUUAUGUUUAAAUGCUGCCGUUUUAUUGAGCGAAUGAGGACUGUGCUUCAGUGUCAGGAAAACACUUGCAGAAAACACUGUUUCUGGAGCUAAUAUUUAAUUUCCUUAUUAAAUAAAACACGCUUCAUUGCAGAUAGCUUGUGAUUAGCUAUAUUAAAGUAACCUCUGUCAACAAUAAUCAGUAACCUAGGAAUAAUUAAUCUUUAAAUUCCAUUGUGCAGGUUGAAAAUCAGAUUUAAUCUUGAACAAAAGUCCUUGUUUAGAUACAGUGCUGUGUUUCUGUUUAAUCUUUAAUCCAUCAUUUGGGACUGCGGCUGGGUGAAGACUCUUGAGCAUUCUUUGGAUCCAGGAUUGACCAGCCAUUGUUUUUCAGUGUUUUGGACCCGGGGCCUGUUUCAGAAAGCAGGAUUUCUUGUUUAACUGGAUAACUUGUUGGAUUUAAGGUAGUAUGGGCUAAAAUGUAAGUGAAUGAAGCUAAAGUCCUUUCAGACUGGGAUAUCUAACUUCUGUUUAGAAUCUCCAUUCUGGUAUGGCAUAGGUAGCCGUGUUCCCUACGCUGUAGCCUGACGCACCUCCCCAGAAGUGUAACUACAUGUCAUGCAGACCCAGAUCUCAAGCUGAUCGAACAUCUGUGGGAGGCGCUGGACAAAUAAGUCCGAUCCAUGGAGGCCCCACCUCACAACUUACAGGAUCUGCUGCUAGCGUCUUAGAUCCAGAUGCAACAGGACACCUUCAGAGGUCUCGUGGAGUCCAUGCUUCUGUGGGUCAGAGCUGCAGUGGCGGCACGAGGGGGACCGACACAAUAUUAGGCAGGUGGUUUUAAUGUUAUGGCUGAUCGGUGUAGAUUUAUAAUGACGAUUUUUUAUGAGCUGGUUUGGAAGCAUGAUUAUUAUGUGUACAGAUAUGGUAUUACAUUUUUUAUUUAAGUUUUAUUUAAGUUGCAGCCGCAUGAUUCUCUGCUUGAAGUGGUUGCUUGUUUGCGUUGGUAAGCAACCAUACCUAAUAAAUUGGCCAAAGAGA